UCCUGAAUAUUUCAACAUAAAUAGUACAUCUGUUAAGCAAAUGGAAGACAAGACACUUAUUGUUAGCCGUGGUGAUAACGAAGGUAUAGGCUAUUACAACCAACUGACACGGAAUGAACCUUCUUCAUUUUUUAGCCCUGCAAUGCUGUCUGGCUUUGUUGGUCCUGUCUGCACCAUUACAAGACAGUCGACUCACCCUUGCUGAUCCGGAGUUUAAACUGGCAGUUGUACGCUCAAAUACUUUAGUAGAGAAGAUCCUUGAGGACAUACCUGUCGUGCACAAGAACACCAUUCACAGUACGGGUCUCAUCCUGGAGCCCUCCAGCCAGGGGCCCAUGCUGCAGAGGAUGGUAUUGACCCUGGGCAUCCCCACCCCCCCGGCUCUCAUGCCCCUGUCGGCUCAUUUUACUCUGGAGAACAGCUUAAGCCGCAUGUCAGUGGGGAUCAAGCUGCAACAGGACCUGCUGGGAGCUCUGGCUGCCCGUCUAGAGGGGCUGGACGACCUCAGAGCCGACCUACGAGACCUCCUCACUCAGAUCAACAAGAUGCAAGAGCUUGGCAGGUGGAGUAGCGACGAGCCGUACCAGAGUCCCGACAUCGCCGCUCAUCUCCACGGUGACUAUGAGUUGCAGGUGGCCACUCACCUAACCUUGACCCAGCUGCGGGCCUUCUGCCAGGACAUCGUUCGCAGCAUGAGAAACAUCAGCGUCUACAGACCACAAGAACAAAGAUGAUCGGAUAUUACUAAACCUCUUCAACCAUUCACUCUCUCUCAUGCUCUAUACUAACUCAUCCUUC